AUGCACGAAGCUGUUGUCGAUUCCGUCAAGAAACUCGGCCUCAAUGGCUCCUCGGAGCACACUAAUGGUGUGAUUAAGGAUGGCUUCAAAGUACGCACCAUAUGCUGUGUCGGUGCCGGCUAUGUUGGUGGUCCCACCGCUGCUGUUAUUGCCUUCCAGAACCCGCACAUCAAGGUGACGGUUGUUGAUCGAGAUGAGCUUCGUAUUCGCCGCUGGAACUCGCGCCACCCUCCCAUAUACGAGCCUGGCCUGCACGACAUUGUCCGUGUCGCUCGCGAUGGUUCGCGCGAUUUCACCUUCGCCAACGAGAGUGCUUCUGAGAGCGAGCUGACCUCUGCCCAAGAGGGCGACAUCUCGGUGCCCAGCCGGCCCACCAAUCUUUUCUUUACCACGGAUGUGGCCAAGAGCAUUGGCGAGGCCGACAUGGUUCUUGUUGCUGUUAAUACCCCGACAAAGGACCGUGGUGUUGGCGCCGGAAGCGCAACCGACAUGACGGCUUUCGAGGCCGUCACUGCCGUUGUUGCGCAGUACGCCAGGGAGGGUGCUAUCAUUGUCGAAAAGAGCACGGUGCCCUGCCGGACGGCUCAGCUCGUUGCCGAUACUCUUUCCAUGCACCGCCCCGGUGUCCACUUCGAAAUCUUAUCCAAUCCCGAAUUCUUGGCUGCAGGUACCGCCGUCAACGAUUUGCUCUACCCAGAUCGUAUCUUGAUUGGAUCUGCACCGACCCCUUCAGGCAAGAAAGCUGCCGAAGCCCUUGUCGAAGUGUACGCUGCCUGGGUUCCCCGGGACCGUAUCCUCACGACCAACGUCUGGUCAUCUGAGCUGGCCAAGCUCGUUGCCAAUUCAAUGCUGGCUCAGCGCAUUUCCAGUAUCAAUUCCAUUUCGGCUGUUUGCGAGCAAACUGGUGCCGAUGUUGACGAAGUCGCUCGCGCCGUCGGUGUUGACCCUCGAAUUGGCAAUAAGUUCCUGAUGGCUGGUAUCGGUUUCGGCGGGAGUUGCUUCAAGAAGGACGUCCUGAACCUUGUCUACUUGGCUGAUACCAUGGGUCUUCCGGAAGUUGGCGAGUACUGGAGGCAGGUCGUCAAGAUGAAUGACUAUGCGCGAGACCGAUUCACGAACCGGGUCAUCAAGUGUCUGAACAACACUCUUGUAGGGAAAAAGGUUGCUAUUUUGGGAUACGCCUUCAAGAAGAACACCUCUGACACGCGAGAGGCCCCUGCCCUGGAAAUGAUCAAGACCCUGCUCGAGGAGCGUCCUAGAGAAAUUGCCGUCUUUGAUCCGUGCUGCAACCCACUCGUCAUCAAGGAGGAAAUCAAGACGCUUCUUGGAGAUGUCGCCGCAGGCAACAAUAUCUCCGUCUACGGCAAUGCUUACGACGCUUGCAGCGGUGCUACCGCAGUAGUCAUCGCUACAGAAUUCGAUGAGUUCAGGAACCAGCCGGCUCCUAAGCCAUCUCCAACCCCUGUUGUCCAAGAGGCCGCCCCCAAGAUGAUUGGUCGCAAGCCCAACCCGAAGUCAGAUCCCCGGCCGUUCGAGAGACCAGUCCCUACGGAGAAUGACUUGUUGGCGCUGCACAAGUAUCUUGUCCAGCGGCCAAGCGAGACUUCAGACGACCCGCUGGGCAGAUUCAACAUUGAGCCUUCAUGUGCCGACGACUGCCCCGACUGCAUUCAGGAGAGGCAAAGCAAGAAGACCGGCCAUGCCACUGGCAUGGGCAGCGCCGAGGAGUACAAGGCCAAGGAACGGAUUGACUGGGUCCGCAUUGCCGACGCCAUGGCCAAGCCCCGGUGGGUGUUUGAUGGUCGUGGUGUGAUUGACUCGAGAGAAAUGGUGAAGCUUGGCGUAAGGGUAGAGAGCGUGGGCCGUCAGCACCGAUUCUAA